GCUCACAAUGCACGUUCUUGUAGCCGAGGCUUCAUUCAAGUUACAGUAAGUACAUUGUAUGUAAUUCCCUGCGCGAUCUCAGUUGUACUCUGCAGUUGAAGUUGGCUUCGGUGAAACGUGAAAGUACUCUAAAGCUUCGUGCUUCCACUGAAUUACUUUGUUAGGCUUAGCAAGGCCCGGCGGACAGCCUUUCAAAAGCACCCUACUGUCAAGUGCUCCAGGUUUUGUCAACCACCUCAGCCUCAUACCCGCUUUCCGUUUCCUUUUGGUUUGCUAUUGCCUCUCGUCUGUAAUCUGCAACCAAGACCUAUCUCUGGUCCUGUUCUCAUCUCCAGUCUUGCGAUCAGUCUGUAUGACCUGUCUCCCUACUUUGCAGACUCGCACGCGACAUGACAGCGUUCAAGGCCCGUAAACGGGGUCUCUCGGGUCCGUGGAUCGAGUUCGAAUCUCCCUUGACUCGAUCAUGACAUUGAGCAAUUUUACCUGAACCCGUAUGCAUACUAGCCGACAAAAGCAUCCUGCUUGAUUGCAUUUCUGGUCCUAUGUUGAGACUGGCGAAUGACGAUACGCGCAAGCAGAAUCAUCCACCACAAAUACCCAUGAAGAGCGUGUGGUUAUCUUAUGAUGUGCCAGGCUACAACAACCCCAGAAUCGGAUGCCCCAAGCCUCUUCUGAAUCAUUCAACAUGAAGAGGCUGUAUAGACAGUCAAAGCACAAUUCUAGUGAUCACAGGAAGCCUGCUCAAAUCAUCAUGAUCCUUUUUGUCACCAUCUACGGCCAAUCCCACCAUCUUUCAUGGAGGUCCUUCAGGUCAAUCUCAGAGGGAACCCGAAGGUACGAAGUGAUAUCCGAGUUCGGAUCUGCCUCCUUCGUCGUCCAGCCGUUCCCAAAAUAUGCAAAUCUGUUUCCGCUCUUGGACAAGUACGUGUAUUCCCAGUCUUCCCACCUCGGCUCCUUUCGAACAAUUGUCACGUGAGCAGCGCUGCCUGGCCAGAUGCCGAAGAUCCUUUGACCGGCUUUGCCGCCGUUGGCCCAGGAGCUGCAAUUGUCUGUAAGGACGGUCUUCGGGAAGAAUGCAUCGCAAUAUUCGAUGAAGUCGUCCGCAGCCUGUUGCGAGGGCUCAACUGUCCGGAUCCACUGGCUGGAGACCUUUCGCAACAACUUUGCAUAAUAGGUGAGCUGGACUUCCACGGCAUGAGGCACCGUUCCGGAUGGACCUGUGCCGUGUGGGCCAGCUAUAUACAACAGAUUUGGAAAGCCAGGGGUGGCGAGUCCAAGGUAAGUGUAUGGGAAGCCGUACUUUCCCUCGGGCUUCCAUACUUCACUGAGGUUUACGCCUCGGGCCGUGAUCUCAAACUGUGGAACUCCGUGGGCGCCAGUCGCGCAGAAAAUGGCAUCGACUUCUCGGUGUUUGCCAUCCACAGUCUCGAUCCCGGUUUCAGUAAAUCGCUUAAUUGGGGUCUGGAUGAAAUCGACGUUAUCCUGUGUGAUAGCUUCGAGAUACCCGGGGCCAGGGGUUAGUCGCCGGCAAUUGGGAUUGAAGUCUGGCACAAGGUUGUCCAAUAACUCAGGCUUCUUAGCCAGUCUCUUCCGCAUGAUCUCGAUGAAGGUGUCCCGCAUCUCCGCAUUUUCCUGUGAGCCUCUGAAAGUGGAGGCGAAACGCCUCCAGUAUUUGGCUUCCAUCUCUUUUCUGUACUUCAGGUAUGUCUCAUCAUCUUUGAAAGAUUCCAACUCCUCCGGCGUGUAAUACUGCGGUUCAAAGGUCCUUUCGUCUCCGGCCCAUGAUCCUGCGAUCCAUGUCUUGUUGCGAGCAUAGUGGUCCAGACGAUUGACGAUGGGUUGCAAGUUUGGCACCACCUGGAUGCCACUGGCUCCAUUGCCGAUGACGGCGACAUUCUUGCCCUUUGGAUCGAAGGACGGAUCCCAGUUGGAAGUAUGCCGCAAAACGCCCUUGAAGUCUGAAAGACCUGGGUAAUCGGGAAGCUUCCAGGAGUUAAAGCGCCCAAUCGCGGUAAGAAAGAAGUCUGCUCGGUCUUCAAAAAUCUCGUUGGUUUCUGUGUUCCGCACAGUAAUGAUCCACUUGGCUUCGUCAUCGCUCCAUUGCACCGUUUGAAUGUUCGAGUUGAACUUCACGUAACGAUACACAUCAUACUUGCGAGCUCGUUCUUGCCAAUACUGCAAGAUCUCGGCACCCUGAGCAAACUUCUCGGACCAUUGAGUACGUGGUGUGAAUGUGGAUUGAUAAACAUUGGCCGGGAUGUCACAUCUCACGCCAGGGUAGACAUUCUCCAGCCACGUGCCGCCCUAAUGUUGGAUAUGUCAGUUUGGCUCUGUGAUUCACUGGUUCUUGGGCAAGAACAGAUGCACGAAAAACAUACCACAUCCGCAUUCUUCUCAUAGAUUGUCAAGUCAAGGCCCGGGACCUUGGCUGGCAAAAGAAUCCCAGCAAGGAUUCCGGACAAUCCAGCACCCACAACCACAACGCGCAGAGGCCUUAUCUCAUCGAUGCCACGAUCCUCAAGCUCGAGCUUUGGUCUCCAGGCUGAGGUUGGAUACUCGAUUGGUGGUGCUGGCGCGUCGGCCACUUUUGUUACCGGAUGGUGAUGGCCGUUGGGUAGCUUGGCAGCAGGAACAUCGCCAUUCAGCUGCCCUGAAGUUUUCUUCACCCUAUCUGGAAGUACUGGAAAUUGAUCUCCUACCGCUCCGUUCUCCACUGGAGCGGCCGACGCUUCUCUCAGCAGAUCCUCAGUGCCUAUACUGCCCAUCUUGGCGUCUUGGUGGGUGGGAUGCAAGAGGACUAUGAAAGUCGAAGGCUCGCACACAGUCUACAGAAACUCCAACAUGCUCGCAUCGGCGGAAGUCACCUUUUAACUUCAGAAAAUGUAUUGCACGUGGAUCCCGGCAACGCAUUGGAGUUGUGGUCGUCUCAUUAUGGUGCGAUAACUACAUUGGGGCUGACCACUCAGGGAGCGGACCCUCUCGAGCACGUCUUCGUCCCACCCGCUGACACGAUUGAUCCGAUCCACAUUGCGACAACUGCAGUUGCGAAUCAACACACUGCCAUAGAUAAAGUGUGUAAACGAGGGGCGAACGCGCCGUGGUAUACUACACACGAUGCUGAUCUACCUACCCCUAGUCUUCCCGAAACUUAUGCGGGAAGCAGGGUGAAUUUGGCCCAUGCUGGACCCUUGGUUCAGCCUCGGAACCUCCAUUGACAACUUGGCAUACCAUGGACUGUUACAUGUUCUAUCAAUGUCCAAGCCUUGUCGCCGCCAGCCUUGUCGCCGCCAGAUCCCUGCCAGCGAGGCACCAAAUGCGCAAUUGCCAAUCCAAGUGACGCCUUCCAUGUCUUGGCCUAUAGGAGUCUCAUUUUGACGAUAUAAACAUGGACCGCCAUGUCGGGUUCGCAACUGAUUCAGUCGGCGGCAAGACUGCAGAACCGUGACCGGCGCAAACAUGUCGAUUGCUCAGAAACCCCGCAAAUGGUAUCACAUGCACUGGUUCGCCCCGGACGAUACCGCAGACGAACGCAGGUUGAUCCUCAAACUUGACCUUUUGAUUGUGCCAUAUGCGUUCCUGGCAUAUUGGACCAAGUACAUUGACCAAGCCAACAUUAACAAUGCGUAUGUUGGAGGGCUCAAGGAAGACCUGGGAUUUCACGGAAAUGAACUGGUGCAUCUUCAAACGAUCUAUGUGGUCGGCGCGGUGGUGGGACAGAUCCCAUUCAUGUUCCUGUUCACCCGCCUACCCAUGCACUGGUUGAUCCCGUUUCUGGACAUUGCAUGGGGCAUUUUCACCCUGCUUCAGUAUCGGGCACACAGUUAUGCGGAACUCAUGGCCUACCGGUUUAUGGUUGGUUGGUUCGAGGCUGCGUUCUUCCCUGCCAUGCACUACAUUUUCGGAUCUUGGUAUAAAGGGCACGAGAUUGCUCGCCGAGGAGGCGUCUUUUACGUCGGAUUGACCUUGGGAACCUUGACUGCAGGUUUGAUCCAGGCCGGUACAUCUGCUCGCCUCGAUGGUGUCAGUGGACUUGCAGGAUGGCGCUGGAUGUACAUUAUCUGCGCGCUCAUUACCAUCCCAAUCGGCAUCCUUGGGUAUGUCAUGCUUCCAGGCACGCCUGAACGGCCCAACAAGCUUUUCUUGAAGGAAAAGGACAUUGCGGCAGCCGUCCAACGCCUGCACCGGGAUGGACAUAGCACGGUUGAAAAGAGCGUCUCGUGGGCCACACUCAAGACGGUCUUCACCUCAUGGCAGGUGUGGGCGUUGCUGCUUUUGGAUGUUUUUUUCUGGAACGGCAGCGUCAACACCACGGCCGGCGGGGUUUUGUUAUGGCUGAAAAGUCUCAAUCGCUAUUCCAAGUCUCGGGUGAACGAAUUGGGUUCCACGGCCCCGGCCCUGGGCAUCUUUUACACCUUGUUCGUGUGCUUUGCAUCGGAUCUCGUCCUCGGGCCUGCCUGGGCAAUCACCCUCGCGCAUACCUGGAACAUCAUUGGCUUGAUUAUCCUGGUGAUCUGGCAUGUUCCGGAGUCGGCGUUGUGGUUUGCCUUUCUGACGACUUACUCGGCCGUCGCUAUGUCGAGUGUCCUGUACGGUUGGGUCAACAGUCAGAUGAGAUACUCACCGGCCGAACGGUCGUUUGUCCUCGUGCUCAUCAAUGCUGUUUCGCAGUCGACUACGGCCUGGACACCUCUCUUGGUCUUCAAGACCGUCGAGGCGCCCCGGUUCACAAAGGGAUAUUCGUUUGUUCUGGCGAAUGCCAUUUGUCUGAUUAUCCUUGCUCAUAUCAUUAGCUUCUACCUGAAGCGAAGGAGUCCACCCCACCCCAUCUCGUCGGAAGUCGAUGUCGAGCAGCCGAAGAGAAAUGAAGACUAUUCUCAUUCUACCAGGGCAAAUAGUCCAGUGCUGGUGCAGGAAAAUUCGACGGUGAAGGCAUGACAGUUUUCAACACUUGAACCUAAGAGAAGCCGACGUACAGUACAACGAUAGACCAAGGUCACAUAGAAACAGACAAAAGCAUUGUCUUCUCGUAGAGUAAUAAGUGUGCUUGUUGUUGUUGUUGGUGGUGGCGGUGUGUCGAUCUGUAACAAAUGGCAGAUUUACUACCAGCCAGAAUAAAUCAAUUGGUGUUGUUGUUUGUUGCCUUCCUGGAUCCACC